AUGACUCCUCGAAAGGAAUCUCGUCUUGAGAACGGUGGCGAAGAUAGCAAUGACGAAUUCCGGGCCCAUGAAGUUGACGGAUGGAGGGUUGGUUACGAAGUCGAAAUGAAUGGCGUUGGGAUUGCGGACGACCGUGAAAGCGAUGGAUCGGGUUUCCCUGACACUGAUCCGGAUACCGACGAUGACAUCGAUCUGGACGAUGAAGAAGUUCCUGAGCAUGCAGGUUACCGUACACUCCCAUUUCAAAUGGAAGAACGCGUUUCCGGGAAUGUUACUAGCUGUGAUGAAGGGAUAGACCAAAACGAGCCGACUAGUUCUGAUGGCAACAACGGUGACGAUGAAGACAUGCCUGUUAGCAACAGAGCUGUCAGUUAUCCGAUCAGGAAGGAGUUCGAGAAGCUUGUUCAAGAGCAGAAUACUUCACUAAAAAGCUUCCAAGAUGAAGCAAUACCACAUCGGCCGAAUAACAUCGUCCUAGAUGAUGAGAAAAUUCAAGCUAUUCGCAAAGCGAUGUCUGGCUUCACACUGCCACCUCCUCCGCAAUGGGCUAAUUUGGAUACCAGUAAGCUGAACGAGAUUAUAAAGGAGAAAAUAACUCCCCAAAAGUCUGACUAA